AUGCAUCUUCCCAAACUUUCAGAAUGCUCUCAAAAUGACAAUAAUAAACAACAAGAGCAAGAAACUAUCAUAAUUAACGUGGAUGAAACCAAGAAAUCUUUUGAGAUAAAAUAUCCAGAAUUUGUUUGUAAUGAAGAAAACAAAGAGGAAAAACAAAAUACAUAUGUGGACGUACACAAUGAUGAAGAAAAAAUUAAUGAUAAAAGUUGUCGAUGUUCACGUUGUCAACAUGGAUUAACGCCAAGCCUUCGUUCUGAUUUACGUGGCCUCGAAAAAUACUUUCACACUGUAAGAUUAUUACGUGAAGUUGCUUUAUUUACAGGAACACGUAAUAUAGCCGACAAAGUUAUUGAUUAUUUCCAUUCUACAUGGAAAAAUCCAUUCCAUAUGGGAAAACCAGUCGUAACAACAAUUUCAUUUGCAAAAUGCAAUGAAAACUCUGCGCAGAAAUUCGACGAAUGUUUAUCGGAAUUCACAUUAAUUGUUGAUGAUCCGAACGUGAAGCCUCUUUGGCGAGGAACUAGAUCACAAUGUGAAUAUGAAGAACAAGAGAGUCCGUGCGAUCCUUCUGCUGUCCUGUGCUGUAAUUCUUGUAAAUCGAUAUAUGAGGAUGAAAUAGGCAAAAACAGACAAAGUAAUGACAAAAGAAUAUAUUUUUCCACGAAUUCUUCACAUUGCUUCACUUUCUCAAAAUUCGAAGAAAAUGAGAUCAACUUAAGCCACUCCACCACCACCGCCACUAUACAACUUUGUUUUGUUGCGACUGGAAAACCUCACACAUUCGACCCUGCACUAGACAAUUUUGAAGAACUGUUCGAGGCACCGCCGUAUCCUUGUCAUUCGGUCUAUCGUCAGAAAAAAGAUUUUGGCGAGUUUAUCACGUAUCGUUGGGACGGUUUUAUACCAUUUGUGAAUAUUUCAUAUAGAAUGAGUCAGUGGUAA